AUGACUUCUUCAGAAAUAUUUCGUGUAAUCAAUCCACAUGGAUAUUUCGAUAAAUUCUUCAGCAAUGGAAUAUUUCCAGAUGGUCGGCACAUUCUUUCAUCUCAAAAAUUGGUUUUUAAACAAGGAGAAUGUGGAGGAGUUGGUUCAUCAAUUGUUACUUUUGGAAAUGUUACAAUUUCAUGUACAAUUGAAGCAUCAGUUUCAUUAGAAAGUGAUGCAUCAUUGGUUUCUGUUGAAAUUGCUGAAACUCAACAAUUAGAUGAAAAACAAUCGGAAGAAUAUUGUGGAAUAUUAUUGAGUCUUUUUGAAAAAGAAUAUUUUGUGAAACGAGAAUCGAUGAAAUGUCGAAAUAAUUCUGGCGAAAAGUUGCCAUUGGAUUGGGUUUUCAAAAUUGUUGUCAAAGUUUUGAGUGUUGAUGGCGAUUUAUUGGAUUCUUUAGUGGUAAAUCGUUUUUUUUUUCAAAAGAAAUUUCCCGAAGACAGCUGAAAAAAUUCAUAAAUUAUCUUCAGAAAACUUUUUCAAAAAUUUUAAAAAUAGUUUCAUUCAGGCUGCUGUUGGUGCUGCAUUGAAAAACACAAAACUUCCAACAAUUGUUUUGAAUCGUGGAUUGGAAGAUGAAUCUGCUAUCGAGAAAACACAAAUAUUAGUGGACGAAGCUGUAAGAUUUAUUCUUUUUUGGUUAUUGCUCAAAAUAUUUUUAUAUUCACCUUUUUUCCAGAAUUAUCAUCUCGAAAUCAACAAUAUUCUUAUGAGUUGCACAUUUGGAAUUUUUUUGAAUCAAGAAAACAAAGAAAUUCUCAUCGUGUCACCCGAUGUUGAAAUCUCAAAUGUUUGCACAGCUACAGUAACCGUCAUUAUUGGAAAUGAUUCCAAGAUUGCUUUUUGUCGUCAACGUGGAUCUAUUUCGGAGUUUCAGAUUCUCAGAAAAAUGACUGAAAUUACAAUUGAUAGACGGAACAAAUUUGUUGAAGCUUUGCAAAAAUCCUAA